AUGCUGGCCCGCGCCGUUGCACGUCGCGCACUGUGCGCAAGCCCUAUUCUGCGGACAGCGCGAACAGCCCGCCCGCUCGUGCGCUUGAACUCGACAGCUCCGUCCACUGGGAAGAUCGCGCCCCUCGCUAUCCCUCCAGAUGCGCUGCGUGCGCACUCUGGUCCGCGGGAGCGGGUUACCCACGAUCCGGCCGACCUCAGUCCGCAGGUUGCGGGCACCGACGUCGUGCUCGCGGGUUGGUUACAUGCGUCGCGACGCGCGAAUAAGAACGUCUCGUUCUUCAACCUCCGCACUCAGCGGGGUAUGGUGCAGCUCGUCGCGCGUGGUGACCUGGCCACAGAGAUGCUGGAGUGGCCGCUGGAGAGUGUACUCCAAGUUAGCGGGACAGUUGUCGCUCGCUCCGCCAAGGCUCUCCCUCCCAAUGUGGAGCAAGCCUCCGACGCGGUCGAGGUGGACGUGAGCAGCGCGACACUGCUCAACCCCGCGGGCGAGCUGCCGUUCCUUCCCAACCGACCGCCACUGGCCAACGAGGACCUGCGCGCCGAGUACCGUUUCCUCGACCUGCGGAGGAAUGCGUUGGCCAAGAACCUACGCUUGCGUUCCGACGUCGCCCACCUCACCAGGAACUACCUGCACAACAAGGGGUUUACCGAGGUCGAGACGCCGAUGCUCGUCAACUCGUCGCCUGAAGGGGCCAGGGAGUUUUUGGUUCCCACCCGCGGUAAGGAACCCAGCUUCUAUGCACUGCCCCAGAGCCCGCAGCAGGCUAAACAGCUUCUCGUCGCUGGCGGCGCUGUUGACCGGUAUUACCAGAUCGCGAGGUGUUUCCGGGACGAGGACGGGCGCAAGGACCGGCAGCCCGAGUUUACGCAGAUCGAUCUCGAGAUGGCGUUUGUUGAGGGCGCGGGGGAGGGUACCUGGGGCAUUGGUGGAGGGGAGGUGCGCGAGGUUGUUGAAGGCCUGAUGCGGCUGGUCUGGAACAAGAUCAAGGGAUAUGAGAUCCCGGCCGACGGAUUCAAGGUCAUGCCGUACGACGUUGCUAUGGACGUGUACGGCAGCGACAAGCCCGACACUCGCUUCGAGAUGUACACCCUGCCGGUGGGCUACUAUCCUACGAUGAGCGAUGAGUCGCUCGACAAGAUCCUCAUGGACCAGAGCCCCAGUACCGUUGAGUGGAUGGUUACCCCGAAGACGUGGGCUGAGUCGGUCGACGUCGCCAAGGUCGGCAACGAUAAUCCCUAUGUCGACUACGUCCGCAUCACGCCCGAGAACCAGUACAGCUGGACCAAGGACUCGGUGCUUACCCUUCCCAUGGGCCUCACGCUGGACUCGAGUCUGCCGGGCGGUGCGCAGCCAGGCGACGUGGUUUGGGUCUCGCGCCGCCCCAAGAUCCCCGAGGGCGGCUGGACUCCCCUGGGCCGUCUCCGUGUGCAGCUGUACGACGAGCUGGUCAUGAAGGGCACUGUCAAGCCUCCGACCGAGCCUCACUUCCUGUGGGUCACACAGUUCCCGCUCUUCACAAAGGCGGACGAGGACAAGGCCUUCCUCGCCAAGGGACGCUGGGCGUCGUCUCAUCACCCCUUCACCUCACCCGUGGCUGGAGACCUGCCAUCCCUGGAAUCCGGUGACGUCGAGCGUGUCCGGGGUCAACACUACGACCUUGUUCUGAACGGUUCAGAGGUCGGUGGCGGCAGUGUGCGGAUCCACGAUCCCGAGCUGCAAAAGUACGUGAUGAAGGAGGUACUCAAGCUGGAUGAGGAGGAGAUGGGUCGCUUUGCCCACCUCCUCCGCGCCCUCGAGUGUGGCGCUCCCCCACAUGGUGGCAUCGCUAUUGGGUUUGACCGCUUGAUUGCGUUGCUGGCCGACACCCCUAGCAUUCGGGACGUCAUCGCGUUCCCGAAGACUGGGACGGGCGCCGACCCUGUAUUCCGCUCCCCGAGUGCUUCGAGUGACGACGUGCUCGGCGAGUAUGGGCUGCGGUCCAUCAAGGAGAAGGAGGGAGACAAGGACAAGGUCCAGGAGGAUAAUGGGCGGUGGAACAUGGCGGAGGAGAGCGACGACCCCGUCGUCAAGCGCCUUGGAGAGCUGCCGUCGCGCUUCCUCGACGAGCACAAGUUCCCCGGGCUCCAACGUCAAGAUCGCGUCCUUCCCAAUUCUUCCUUCGAGGAACGGCACACCGUGCUACCAUACCACGCGAGUUCAUGCAGCACCCUGUUUUUCGCGUUUGCAAUCCCUACACUUCGAUACCGCGAGUACGCUAGACAACAACUGCCCAAUAUGGCUACUGUUAACAUUCGCCGCGAUGUGGACGACAAGUUCUAUCGCUACAAGAUGCCCGUCCUCCUCACCAAGAUCGAGGGCCGUGGUAACGGCAUCAAGACGGUCGUGCCCAACAUGGAGGACGUCGCGCGUGCGCUGAAUCGGCCGCCUUCGUACCCCACCAAGUUCUUUGGCACCGAGCUCGGUGCACAGACCACCAUGGCCAACGACCGUUACAUUGUCAACGGCGCGCACCAGGCAGACCGCCUGCGCGAGUUGCUCGAUGCUUUCAUUGACAAGUUUGUUCUCUGCGCGUCGUGCAAGAACCCCGAGACCGAGCUCGUCAUUACGGGCCGCGGCAACAACGAGGACAUUCACCGCGACUGCAAGGCUUGCGGUGCGCACACGGGCAUCGACAUGCGCCAUAGGCUCACGACCUUCAUCCUCAAGAACCCUCCCAAGAAGGACAAGAAGAAGGGCAAGAAGGGCAUGACUGCCGAGGCCAACGUCGGCGGCCCUGUCGUCUUUGACGAGAAGGAGGGCAGCAACGAGGACGACAGCGCGAAUGGCACCCCCCCGGUCCCGACCGAGGGCACCGACAUUGACGCCAUGCUCGGUCGCGGUGGCGACCCGAUUCUCGUCAACCCGGACGCCCUUGCGAAGAAGGUCAAGAACCUCGAGAUCGACGAGGACGAAGAGGACGAGGACUCUCCGUUCUACCAGCUUCGCGUCUGGCUGUCGGAGAACCCUGCUCCGUCUGACGCCGAAGUCGUUGCCAAGCUCAAGGAGCUCGACAUUGUCACCAAGCACAAGGCGCUCGUUGAGAUUGGCCACAAGCUCUUCACAUCCGAGAACGUCGCCCAGGAGAUCGAGGAGCGUGCCAGCCUCCUCAACGCUCUCAUCACUUCGGAGAAGCACCAGAAGUCGUUCCUCGGCGGCCUCGAGCGCCUCGUUGCGCUUGACCCUAACGCCGACGAGCUGAUUGCCAACGGCGUCGUCUCGAGAAUGCUCAUGGCUGCUUACCAGGAUGACGUGCUUGACGAGGAGGUGUGCAUCAACUUUGGCACGCACGUCAGUAAGAAGUACGUCAGCAAGGAGCAGAGCAAGAAGGUGCGCAAGGCUGCCGAUUCGUUCCUCAAGUGGCUUGAGGAGGCCGACAGCGACAGCGACGACGAGUGA